AUGUCUGAACUACCCAAGUUUCGCAACCUCUCCUUGGACAAACAGGGCAAUGUCUUCAUCAUUACCAUGCAGAAGCCGCCAGAGAACCGGCUGAACUCUUGGUAUUGCCAGGAGAUAAUCCGGGCAUUCCAUACUAUCCAAAAGAUCUUGGGACCAGAUGCAGAGGGUGCUGUGAUCACUCGCGGGUGUGAUACGAAGUUCUGGUGUACUGGAUUAGAAUUAGACGAAGCAGAUACCAACCCCUUCGCAAAUACUGAUGGAUUCUACCCGAUGCUGCACACUAUCCUUGACUUCCCAUAUCCCACCAUCGCCCUGAUUACCGGUCAUACGUUUGGUGGUGCAUGCCCGUUUGCCCUAGCUCACGACUACCGGGUGAUGAAUUCGAAGCGGGGGUUUUUCUGCAUGCCCCCUGUCAAUCUAGGAUUGCACUUUGACGGCAUCGGAUCCCUGCCGCGCCUCAAACUUCGACCAACUGUUGCAAGGAAGAUGCUACUCGAGGGACAUCGUUGGACAGGCCGCGAGGCCUUGCAAGAUGGAAUUGUCGAUGCAAUUGCUGAGCCCGACGACAUGUUCCGCGUAGCACUCGAAUUGGCCAACAAGUGGGCCCCGAAGGCCAAGAUGGGAGUAUACGGUCUGCUUCGCUACGAGCUCUGGGGUGACGCCAUCCGGCAGUUCCAGCGUAUCUCUUAUGUCCACAGUCGUCAGACAUCGUUGCCUGCGAGGGCUAAAGUGUAA